UUUUAGAAAAUGAUCCGCUGAUAAAUCAAACGUAUUUGCUGCUUUGAUUGAAUUAUCAAAGUUUAGACUGCCGACAAUUACUGUGAGUCUGCUCAGCUUGUUAGACAGUAUCAAGAUGCCAGCAAGUGAAGAAUACUUUCCAUAUGAGAACCUACAGUCACAAUUGUUCGUAUUGCGAAUGCUUUCAGCAUGUAUGCAACAUCACUGGCAAUAUAUUCGAGAAGGCAAAUCAGAAAACACCUCUCUAAAAGCACCCUCAACAGCAGGCGGGUACGAGGGAUCCAUACAUAGCUUUGACAGUUCAACACAUCAGAGUCGAUGGUCUGUUGCUGACGGUCCUCUUCCAAUCGAAAUGGACGAUCCACCACCAUUUGAUGAUUUUAUUGCUAAAAACAUCAUUAAUGUCAUGUCACGUAUUAUGCAUCAAACCACUGUGAUGGAAGAAAGAGAAUACGGACAAGCUACCAACCACGUUACCCAAAUCAUAAGAACUGAAUAUUACACAGCUAGCAACAUUACUCGGACUUCAGCAGAUAUUGUGUUGGAUAUCUACAAAGCCAUGAGUAGAGUGGUUGCCUACUUGAGUGCAAGUAACUGGAGUGUGGUAUUCUCUAAAAUUAAGUUGCGUAUUUUUUACUUGUCUACAACCACAGAUGAAAAUCCUGAUUCCUCCGACACGCGUUUUUUAGAAUGUUGUUCUUUGAACGCUAAACGUCUUAGUAUUGUUCUCGGAGAAAUGUGCGCAACGUUUCCCAACUUGAGAAAAUCGACACAGUUGAUUGUGGCAGCCAUUCUUCGAAGAGCCAUAUGGGGUUGGAUUGAGACAUAUCCAGGUGAAUUUAUGCAACUCUAUCAAAGCCAAAAGAAACUGGACGGUGGACCCGAUGUAUUGUUUGAUAUUUGCUUGUCUUUAGCGGACACAACAAGAAAGAAGGCUAUUUUAUGGCCAUUGCAGACUAUGUUACUCUUGCUUUGUCCUGACUUCAUUACAUUGCUGGCCAAUCCCGACAAUCACCGAAACAUUGGUGCCAAAAAAGGCGUGUUUUUAGCGACACUCAAGAACUCUUUAAAGCCUGGCCGUAUGGCGGAAUUAGCAGCCAUUUGUUAUGUAGAUCUGUGUAAGGCAGCCACUUAUGUUCCCAAAACAGACGCCUAUUCGAUUCGAAACCUUAUUCCAGAAGUUGAGAAUGAACUUCGUGGGCAAUUGUUUGAUGCAGAAAAGCCCUUGAUUGCUGAUAGUUUGAUGAGUGGGCUAGGUAUUAUUGUCGAUCAUCGCUCCUUGCUUGCUGAUUGUCUGGUGGCUAUGUUUCGAUUGAACCCUCGCCAUGCUCUGCGGAGCCUAUUCCCUGCCUGUCUCGAACCACGGGCGCCUACCUUAUUCAAAAUCAGUUUAGUAAAGGCUUGUUUAGCCAUUGCAUCUGAAGAGAAUCGAUUGCCUUGGAAUCCUUCUGUCACAGCGUUAUAUGAUUCAUUAUCAGGUCCACUGAGAAAGCUGUUUAUAGAAUUUGCCGGCAAAGAUACAACCAAAGUCGAUCUCAACGCAAUGAAUCAAUAUGCCAGUCGCAAAACGAUGAUGAACAAUCCUACAAAUGACAAAAAGGUCAAGACAAACAUAGUUUUAAUGACUCAAAAUUCAGAACGAUUAGAAUUGAUUCUCGACAUGUUGCGACUCUACCAAACAGAUCCUAAACUUGCUAUUCGCGGCGAGAAUGAAGAUAGAAUUGAAAAGAAUCCAAUUGCUAUUGUUGCUAUCACUAGUUGUCUUCGAGAGCCAAAUCAAUAUGUCAGAGAUGCUGCCGCUAUGUGCCUUUACAAACUUCAUUCACCCAAAUUUAUUGUGGAAUGGGGGCCUUCACCACACUUUAUAGAGACUUUUUGGAGGAUUUCGUCGCAAGCUGUAUUCACUUUGGCCAAACAGCUAUUAGAUAACAGAGAAAGAGACGAUGGACUAAAACGCUUAUUGGAACUCUUGAAAAAGUUGUUUGAGUCUCGAAACGAGUUUCUCAGAAUGCAUCAGGACAUUGCUAUGCAAGGAUCAGAUGUAAGAGAGCGUUUGCAAGCUUCUAUUGGAUUAGAAGUGGCAUUAUUGGUCUUGCUGUGUUCUUCAGAUAUUGAAAUUUGUACAGCAGCCAUCAGCUGUUUUGGCCUAAUUUGUGCAGAAGCCCAACUUACAGAAAGUGCAGACGACCCACACCAAGCCAUUUUGAUGGUAGUAGAAAACCUGCCUAUUUACCAACAACUUUCUGCCAACAAUGGUAUUGUAACGGGUCGUAAAUCGCAACAAAAGCAGAUUCGUCGACUUUUGCGAAUGAUGAACCAUUAUGCCCCUGGCAAUCUUGCUGCUUGGGAAGAAGCCUAUAAGCGCUGGAAAUACAUGACACCUGCUAUAAUCAAGCCUCAUGAUGACUCCAAAGACGAUUAUCAAGAUAGCAACAUGAAUGCAAGCAACAACAGCUCCAAACGAGGCCCUCCUGCAUGGACUGACAAGCUUAGAAAUCCUGCUUCUUCCAACAGACAAACGCACAAUUUUUCUGUUGUCAACAGAACCGAAACUAACAACCUGGAUGAUGACAAAUCUUCGGAAUGGCAGAACUAUGCUGGUUUCUUGGCAGCCCUGGGUGGUAUAUGUCUUAUGGCCGAUGCUGCACCUUCUACACCUACUUCACCUGCUACACCUCGCAGUGGCUACAAUGACCAAUCAACCUUUAGGCGCAUCUCAGCACCUACAGAAUCGUCUGCCAUGGUAAACAAGUUUGUUGUUGACAUGGUCGAUUUGUUACUCUGUGAUAAUAUCAUUGUCCGUGAAUGGGUGAAAGAAAUCUUGGGUACAGAUCUUUCUCCUGCUUUAUACCCUAUGCUUUUCCGAUACAUGGAAACUGUCUUGGCCAAAUACUUUGGCCCUGAUGGUGAUCCUAUUUGCAAUAGCCGUAAUACCUUGCUUGUCGAACAAGCAAUUAGUGUCUUGAAGCUUGUUUUGGAUCGUAUGGAUGAUUCGGCUGAAACUCUUUUGGCGGUUGAUUUUAGUAGUUUGAUCAAUCAAUAUGCCAAAUAUCUGAACAAGUUGGGCAGUGGACAAACAGCUUUAAAGAUCAAGAUCAAAUUCUGUCAAUUGACUGAAGUCUUGAUGUCAAAGAAGGAUAAGGUUACUCUCAGACAAGAAUUUAGAUUGCGAAACAAGCUUCUUGAAAUUAUUGUAGAAUGGACAAGCGAUUUCUCCUUGAAACCUGAUACUAUUGGACAAUAUUCAACAUUUGAGGCAAAUCAAAGCGAGAAGCUGCACAGAGAACUAGAUUUAGCUUGCUUAAAUACUAUUGUUGGUUUGCUUCAUCAACUUCCUCUCCAGUCUGCUGAUCCAAUUCACGAAGCUGAUUCAACUCCUAUCAAGAGCCGUAUCUUUUUCAAAUACUUUACUUUCUUUUUAAAGUUAUUGAACAGAUGCAGAGAUUCCGAGACUGAAGCAGACAAUUCUUCGUACCGAUUCCGUCAGUACCCUGAAACCAAUGGAACUCAUAACACAAAGAACAAGGAAAACAUGUCUACUUACUUGGCUCCUCUCAAAGAAAGCACGAUCCUUGCCAUGUCUAAUCUUUUAAGUGCAAAUGUUGAUGCAGGUCUUAAAUACUCAUUGUCUAUGGGUUAUCAUGAUGAUCCUCAAAUGAGAACAGCUUUCAUGAAAGUAUUGACAAACAUCUUGAAUCAAGGAACAGAGUUUGAAACUCUGGCUGAAACUGUCAUUACAGAUCGUUAUGAAAAGCUUGUUGAUAUGAUUGUUGAUUUCGAUAUUGAUUUAACUUCAGCAUUGUCUGAUGUUUGUCCUGCUUCAGAUAUUGAAGACGCUUCUACUGCUUUGCUAUCUUGUUUCCAAUCAAGAGGAAAAGCACUCAGCUUGUUGAAAUCUGUUAUCCAAAAAGAAGUUCAAAACACAGAUAGCGAAACUGAAUUACUGAGACGAACAAGUAUUGCAACUCGUCUUUUGUCUAUUUUUGCCAAGCAAAACGGUGCUGAAUAUGUACGCUCUGUACUUCAGCCUGUUUUUAUCAAGUUGGCAGAAAAACCACAAGAAGAGAGAACCUUUGAACUGGAUCCUUCCAAGGUUGGUAGCGGGGAAGAUGUGUCUAAGAACAAGCAAAACGUUGUAAGUGCUACAGAACUCUUUUUGAAUGCUAUCUGUGCUUCUGCGAAUGAAGCUCCUCCUGCUUUUCGAGAAGUAUGUCACUAUAUCUUAACUUCAGUUCGUGAGCGUUACCCAGAGGCCAAAUAUACUGCUGUUGGUGCAUUUAUCUUUUUACGUUUUUUUUGUCCAGCCAUUGUAUCGCCAGAGUCAGAAGGCCUUAUUAAAUCAAACAUUGUCAUCUCUCGAGAAAUGAAGCGUGGUCACUUGAUUGCUACCAAAGUCAUUCAGAACUUGGCGAACAAUGUCUUGUUUGGCGCUAAAGAGACAUAUAUGAUUGUCUUGAACGAUUUCUUGACAAGCAAUAUUUACAAAGUCACUAGUUUUCUGCGUGAAAUUUCCAACGUACCAAAUCCUGUGAUGGAUACACCACAACCUCGUACAACUAGCCUUGGUAUCAGAAAGAAUAGCAGCAGUAUGAUCAGCACAACGAGUGCUGAAGAAGUAGGCCUUGACAUGAAGCCUAUGGAAGAGAAGGACUAUUAUGCCUUGCAUCGAGUCUUGUUUGACAAUAUGGAACGUCUUGCUAGAGAAAUCGCUACCCGCCGUUUAAGACAGCUUGUUGACCCUGAAGUUGCUUCUGACAUGAAACGUCAUUUAGAUCGUAUUUCAAACCUCUUGGCACAACUUGGAAGACCCCCUGAGAUGACAAAGCAAGAGUUUGUUGGGCUUCGAAGCUACACGCAUGCUGCUGCUAACCAAAUGUAUGCAGAGUUCAUGCGUCGCAAUAGUCAUCGUAGUGUAGAGCCAAUUAUCUCAAAGAAUAUCUUUUAUGAAGGUGGUGUCUCUAAAGCAAACAGACCUGUAUUCUAUUUCAUUGCAAGAAAUGUAAUUUCUGAUAGCAUUGAUCUAGAGUUACUUGUUUACCAUGUUCUACAGACUAUGGAGCGUGCUUCUAACAAGAAUAUUGAUCUUGUCCUUGAUAUGACUUUAUUCAAUGUAUCCAACGAAAUCCCAAGUCAAUAUCUGAAUCAAAUGUUGCAGCUUUUGCCUUUUGAUCCAAGUGAUAUUAUUGCAAGCAUUAUUGUUUACAAUCCCAACACAUACCUUCGCAAAUAUGUUAAAAAGUUACCUCGUCCUAUACCACACAAGAUGAGCAAACGUACUGCUUUUGCUGUUACUCUAGCUGAACUCUAUGAGUAUAUCAAUCCUAGUGAAGUACGAUUACCCAAGUCGACCACUUCUUUGGACACAGAGCAGUGCCACGUAUUCCAUCCAGUGAAUAAGCUUACACAAUACAAGGUUAACAUCCCUAUUACAAUCAAAGUCAGUUCUGAAUACGUUCAGGUCAUGACUGUACGUAAACAAGAGUUUUUGUAUGGUGUCACAACUGUUAUCAAUGAUGUGUUCAUGAUAACCGACAUGGAAGAUAUCAACAUCAUUAGCAACAAUCGAAACCAAGAAAAUGCGAAUGAGUUUUGCUUCAAAUACAACAAAGGAAAGACACAGCAUAUCUUUUCGUCUAUGAAGCGCGAAGCUAUUGUCAAUACUAUUCGACACAACAAGAGAAGAUUGGAAAUGUCAAAACCAAACAGCAUGUCUGAACGAGUUAUUCGUCCAAACGAUGUGCCUGGUAGACUUCUGAAUAUGGCUUUACUCAAUAUUGGUAGUGAUGAUCCAAGCCUUCGAUUGGCUGCUUAUAACUUGCUUUAUGCUUUAAGUAUCACUUUCCACUUUGAUGUUGGUAAUCAAUUAUUGGAUGCACGCGAUCUCUGUCUUCCAGCCAACAGUACAGCCUUCAUUGUCAAUAUUAGUGAAAAAAUUGCUCAAAAUCAACAAAACUUAACUUUGGAAUUUCUUAGCGAAUGCUUUAUUGGCUUCCAGAAAUCAAGCGAGCCUCUUCGUUAUUUAUGUUUGGAUUAUAUGGUGCCUUGGCUACCAAACUUGUCCAAGUUUUGUAAUAGUCUAGGUCCCGAAACUGACAAGGACACUGCCAAGACAAAAGAAGUGCUUCGUAACCUUAUUGAUCUCACAGUGGCUCGUACAGAUAUGUAUAAGCUUGUUCAAGCCAAGAUCUGGAAGACAAUUGGACAAAUUGAUGAUACAUUAAACCUUGUCUUGGAUGUAUUUGUUCAAUUCUCUAUUGAGCAUGGUGUUGGUUCACCUCAAGCUGAAGCCAUGGCUGACACAUUUGUCACUCUUUCAAAUAUUGCUGUCCGAGGCAAAGUUGUUUCUCGAUUACGUAAAGUAUUACAAAAGACAUCUUUCAAGCCAACAAGAUCCCUAAUGGACCACUGGACUUGGAAUGAAAUUGCUAUUCUUAUUCGUUUCGUGCUCAUGCUUUCCUUUAAUAACCGUGGUCCUGUCAAGAGCUAUGUACCUGAAAUCUUUCAUAUUGUAUCUCUUGUUGUAGGUGUUGGCCCUACUAUCAUUCGUUCUUCUGUUCAUGGUCUUGUAGUCAAUGUAAUCCAAUCCUUGUGCACUACUAUGCCUAUCCAAGACGCUAAUGUCAAGAAGCUUCAAAUGAUUCUUAGUGAAAUGUCAGAUACUAAAUAUCGACUUUUGUUUGGUCUCUAUAAGCCUCAUGCAGGUGCUUUUACUAUCUCACCUGAUACCUUAACUGAUGCAUCGGAACCUAUUCCUCUCAUUGCUCUCGAAACCAUUGUCAAUAACCUUUUAGAAGUCAUUACUUACAGUUCUCCUUCUGCAGAUAUGGCGAAUGCAUGGAGAGCCAGAUGGAUGAGUCUAGUUGCCAGUACAGCUUUUCAAUUCAAUCCAGCCAUUCAACCUCAAGCCUUUGUUGUUCUUGGAUGUCUCGGUAGAGAAGAAGUCGAUGACGAUUUGUUGUACCAAAUCUUAGUAGCGUUGAGAGGUGCUUUGGCCAUUUUCAACGAACCUGAUCCCAAUUUGGUCCUUAGUAUCAUGAUGUGUCUCAAGAACACAGUCGAAAGCCUGCCUUCUGAUUCUCGGUACCUUUUGCCCUUGUUUUGGAUUGCGAUUGCUCUAGUUCAGAUCAACAAUGGUCCUACAUUCUCUAUGGCUGUGGAGUUGUUAUUGGCUAUUUUGAGAGCACUUGAUGCUGAUGAAUACUUUGCUGGUGAUCGUAUGGUAGAUGUAUUGCUCGCAGCUCGUGAGCCUAUGUCUGAUGUAGCCAGCAAGCUGGAUCAACUCUGUGGUGUCAAUUUCAAGACACACUUUUCAUUUGCUAUUGCAAGCAUCUUCUUGAAGGGCUUGCGAUACAACAAUGCAAAAGAAAUCAUAUUCCAAGGCUUAACUACCUUUUUGGACAUUGAAUGCAAACAUGCUGACAAUACAAACAUUUUGGACUCAAACAACCUGGGUUAUUUAGCAGGUCUUUUGCCUCUUGCUGUCAAGACUGAAACUUUACGAGAAGUGCUACACUUGGCAGGAUUGAUAGAGCCUGAUUUUGAUAUUGCAGACGAUGAUGACGAAGACGGCACUGGAGAUUUUAAGUCUACCUUUGGUAGUAUUCUUGAUCGUCUUGAUAUUACAGACGAAACAACUGCUCUAUUGCUUAUUUCCAUGUUGACUGCACAGCUUCAAAUGGUUGAAAAUACACAAGAAAGACUCUUCUUGUAUAGUUUACUUGCUGAAGCAGCAAGUUCAAUGCCCGAAAUAUUUUGUGUUGUGUACGACGCUCUCUUACCAAAAAUGAAUCAGAUUGUGUUGAGUAGCAUAAGUCAGCCCAUCAUAGAGUCCGUGAAGACGAUUCUUUUGAUUGCAUGCUCAGAACCUUCUUUUAGUGAUAGUGCUAGAAAGUCUAAACCUAGUCAAAAGGUGUUGCUUGAACGUGUUGGCUUUUCUGCACUAGGUGAUCCUAGUUUUGGUGCUACUUCAAUCAAUGUCUUGCAGAAUGCAAAACUCGCUAGUGAAAUCAUUGAAUUGAUAAUCGCUUAGAUUAUUUAUUUUAUACAUACUUGUGUCUAUAUCUACUUACAUAUCC